AUGUCGUUAGAACUUUUUGAUUUUACUCAAAAAUCUUUAUGGAUUUCUUUUGCUUCAAUAUCUUUCAAUCCUCUUUUUUGGAAUAUUGCUGCUAGAGUAGCAGAAUAUCGUACAAAGUUCAUAACUCGUCUUCUUGGUGGAAAUCAAUACUAUGGCUGUUAUGCGUUGGCUAUUACUAUUUUCUCACUUGGAAUUUUCAGGGAUUACUUGUUAGUAUUAUAUAAAAUGGCAAUAGAUCAUCAACCAAAGUCUUCGUUUUUACAAAAUGAUUUGAUUAAGGGUUUAGCCGCGCUUUUAUUCUUUACAGGAAAUACUUUUGUGUUAUCAUCAAUGUAUGCGCUAGGUGUAACUGGAACUUAUCUCGGUGAUUACUUUGGUAUUCUAAUGGAUAAACGAGUUACAUCUUUUCCAUUUAAUGUCCUUGAAAAUCCGAUGUAUUAUGGAUCUUCGAUGGUGUUUUUAGCCACUGCUUUAUGGUUUGCGUGUCCUACUGGAAUCCUUUUAACUAUAUGGGCGUUUAUACUUUACUUGAUAGCACUUCAAUUUGAAGGGCCUUUUACCACAAUGAUCUAUGAAAAACGUAAAAAGAAUAAAUAA